UCUGUAAUAGAGUUAUAGUUUCAAUCUGCUCUUCAUUAUUCAGCCACCAUUUUAAGGACUUUCCUGUAAUCAAGUAAAGAUCUUUGCUUUUGGACACCUUUAAUUUGACAUUUAGAGCUUUAGUACUACUUAGUUGAUUUAAUGUGCCCUUUGUAGAAUAAAGUUCCGCUCCUUCUACUCUACUCCCAAAAAAGCUACUCCUAUAUUGGGACUCUGCAUGUAACAGAUUUUUGGAGCAAAAGAGUUUAUAUAAGCAAUACUUACUUUAAUUCUCAGUCAAAAGGGGCUGCCUUUUCUGUAUUAGCAAGCUCUUUUUCAAACUUCAGAGCAUGUUCAUGGCAAGCUUUCAAGUUAGUUCUUGAAAAGGAGUGGGGAGAAGGGUGUUGGUUACUUGGAGAAAGCUAUUACAAAUGCAAGUAACCAAUUCUAAACACAAGCGUUCUAAGAGCUUCCCGUAUACUCGAGGAUAUAAGGAGAAUGCAGAUCAUUCGGUACAGACUAAUCGAGUGAAUUGGAUAAGUGGAUACAAAUGACUUUAAUGAGAGCAAGAAGAAGCAGUCAUCUAAGGAAGUCCAAGGUUCUUUGAGAUAAUGCAGCUAGAGAGAAGAUUAGAGCACCAAACUACAGUUCGAUGUUCUUUAGAGAAAGCAUUGGGAUGUAAAUCUUUCUUGCAAAACAUCGCUCAGACCGCAAUGUCUAAGCCACCCACAGAACUGAUUAGAGAAAUUGCUGUACUAGAGUUGGAAGUAAUGCGUUUGGAGCAGUAUCUUCUCUCAUUGUAUCGUAAAGCAUUUGAUCAACAGAUCUCAUCCUUGUUUCCUCCCACAAGAGAUAAACUAAAAUCUCCUACGAAUACCAAAAUAAGAAGGCACCUUGAAUUUUCUAAAUGUGAUACUAUAGUAAGACAGGAAAAUUCUUGUGCUCAACCUGAUAAACAGUCAGCAUCAAAACUAUGGAAAGAAACAACUAGCACAACAGAAGACAAAGUUAGAGAAUCUGGGGUCCAUCGAAGCCGUUCCUCACUAACUCAGCAUUCAGCUCUGUCAAAGAGAGCUUCCACAACAGAGGAAAUAUCAGGCAAAGCUUUGCGUGCUUGUCAAUCUCAAUCAUCAUCAAUGAUGAAGUACGCACAUCUUGGCACUUCUGCAAAUUUAAUCAGUUUGGCCCAGCAUCUUGGCACCCGUAUUUCUGAUCAUGUUCCAGAGACACCAAAUAAGCUGUCUGAGGACAUGGUAAGGUGCAUGUGUACCAUAUACUGCAAACUUGCUGAUCCACCUCUUUCAAAUCCAUGUCUCUCAUCUCCAACCUCAUCCUUGUCAUCAAUGAGUGUCUUUUCUAUGAAAGACCAAUGUGACAUAUGGAGCCCAGGAUUUAGGAAAGAUUUUUCUUUUGAUGUUCGGUUGGACAAUCCUUUUCAUGUGGAAGGGCUGAAGGAGUUCAGUGGACCUUACAGCACAAUGGUUGAAGUACAAUGUAUAUAUAAAGAUAGUCACAGGCUAGGUGAUAUUGAGCCUUUGUUGCAAAACUUCAGGUCAAUUGUUUCUCGCCUAGAAGUAAUAAAUCCACAAAAGUUGAGCCAUGCAGAAAAGCUAGCAUUCUGGAUUAACAUACACAAUGCAUUGGUGAUGCAUGCAUUUUUAUCUUAUGGGGUUCCACAAAAGAAUGAGAAGAGAGUUUUCCUACUCUUGAAGGCUGCCUAUAAUGUCGGUGGUCAUGUAGUCAGUACGAAUGUGAUACAGAGCUCUAUCUUGGGAUGUCGGAUGUCUAGAUCAGGACAGCUGAUGCAGUGGCUACGCUUGUUACGUUCUUCUAGAGGAAAAUUUAAGGCAGGCGACGAAAGACAAGCCUAUGCUAUUGAACAUCCAGAACCCCUUCUGCACUUUGCACUCUGCUCAGGCAAUCAUUUAGAUCCUGCGGUACGAGUCUAUACACCGAAGAGAGUGUUUCAGGAGCUGGAAGCAGCAAAAGAAGAAUACAUUAGAGCAACUUUUGGUGUGAAGAAGGAUCAGAAAGUUGUUUUACCAAAAGUUGUGGAGUCAUUUGCUAAAGAUUCUGGCCUAUGUCCUGCUGGUGUGAUGGAGAUGAUCCAGCAAUCUUUACCUGAAUCUCUUAGAGGAAGCAUAAAGAAGAUUCAGCAGAGAAAUUCUCACAAGAACAUUGAAUGGGUUCCACAUAAUUUUGCUUUUCGGUAUCUAAUCAUGAAGUAGCUGGUGAAGUGACUACUUAUAUUGUGUGUUAAAGCUUGUUUAUGUGAUUGUAGAGAUUUGAUUAGUAGUAAGCCACUUUUGACCUCCAACCAGUAGGUCGUAGGUUCGAGUCUCACUAAGGGUAAAUGAAAAGCAUUGCUCAUCGAAUCAGAAUGGGAAAAGAGGGGAAAAGAGUGUCUUAUGAGACCUCUCUUUUUCUUUCUUUUCCUUUUCAGAGGGAACUUAUUUCCUUUUCUCGCUUCUGUAUAAUCGCAUACAAAUUUUUUGGUUAGAAUGACUGAAGAAUGCCUACAAUGUUUUGUAUGCAACAUCAUCUUUUUUGCUUUCAUUUUUUUAUAUAAUUCAGAUUCCCAUUU